AUAAACAAAAUAAAAUAACAUCCACCAAAAUUUUUAUUUUAUUUUUUUCAGGAGCAAUCAACUUCUUUAGCUGUUCUCCAGAAACACUUUCAAUCUUUGGAAAGAAGAAGAAGAAGAAGAAGAAGCAGACUCGGUUUAGCUUUUGUAAGAGAAGCAAAAGUGAAAAAGCUGUGAGCUUUUAAACUAUAACCUGAUCUUGAGAGAUGGCGGUUGCUCCGGCGAGAGCUCGUUCGGACUAUGAUUACCUCAUCAAGCUCCUUCUCAUCGGCGACAGCGGUGUGGGGAAGAGUUGCUUGUUGCUGCGUUUCUCAGAUGAUACUUUCACUACAAGCUUCAUUACUACCAUUGGAAUUGACUUCAAGAUAAGAACCGUUGAGCUUGAUGGGAAGCGUAUCAAAUUGCAGAUAUGGGACACUGCUGGUCAAGAACGUUUCAGAACUAUCACCACAGCUUAUUACAGAGGAGCCAUGGGUAUACUGCUUGUCUACGAUGUAACCGAUGAGUCAUCCUUCAACAACAUUAGGAACUGGAUGAAGAACAUAGAGCAGCAUGCCUCAGAUAACGUGAACAAAAUACUGGUCGGUAACAAAGCUGACAUGGAUGAAAGCAAAAGGGCUAUCCCAACAGCAAAGGGCCAAGCUUUAGCUGAUGAGUAUGGAAUCAAAUUCUUUGAGACGAGUGCAAAAACAAACCUCAAUGUGGAGUCUGUUUUCCUCUCUAUUGCCAAAGACAUCAAACAAAGAUUGACAGAAACUGAUACAAAGGCUGAGCCACAAGGCAUCAAGAUCACUAAGCAAGAUGCUGCUUCAUCGUCUUCUACUACAGCUGAGAAAUCAGCUUGCUGUAGUUACGUUUAGGAGUAUGAUCACCGCUCUUCUUCUUCGCCUGCACUAAGUCUCUAGCCAUCUGAUGUUUCAUCUCUUACGUCUCAAAUCAGAGAUCGUUCUUGUUUGUGUAACAUAGGACGAGUAGGAUUAUCUCAUUGAUGGUUGUGAUCUUUGUAUGUCGUCUAAUUUGUUAUCUUUGUAAUCCUGUACAAUGAUCUUCCUGGUAAGGAAGACAAUGUUGGUCAAAAACAAUGUUUCAGACUUUUGAAUUUAUGAAAAUGAAAACUGUUGUAGUGUGUAUAAAA